CGCGAUCCUAUACAUGUACCAUCUCCAUAAACCGACCUUCCAAGGGCAUCACUGCAUCUGUGCUGAAACGUCAAAGGACUACGACUAGGACUACAAGCACGCCGACUCUCGAUUCCCUCCUGUCGAACCUCCCAUAGAAAGCUACUUCCUCUCCCCCGUCUCCUCUAGUACAAUCAACAACAUGGCUCCCGGCGCAUUCGACACCAAUGGCGAUUUGGCCAAGGCCAUUGUCGAAAGCGUAGACCACUUCCCCCGCCCCGAGAAGUAUGGCGACUUCGCCUACGGCACUGCGGGCUUCCGCACCAGAGGCGACCUCCUCGAUCAUGUCAUGUACGGCAUGGGACUGCUGGCCGGUCUCCGCUCGAGGAAGCUGAAUGGCCAGACCAUCGGCAUCAUGAUCACCGCCUCUCACAACCCCGCAGAGGACAACGGCGUCAAGCUCGUGGACCCCAUGGGGGAAAUGCUGGAGCAAGAGUGGGAGAAGUGGGCUACACACAUUGUGAACGGAAAGACACCGGAAGAGACGAUGCGAGCAUAUGCGCAGAUUGUACAGCAGUUCGACAUUGAUGUGGAGAAGGCAGCCCAUGUGGUGUAUGGACGCGAUACGAGACCGUCGGGUGUGCGGCUGGUCAAGGCUGUUCAGGCAGGGCUGAAGGCGACCAAGGUAGAUGCGAAGGACUUUGGCAUCUUGACCACACCACAACUGCAUUACCUCGUGCGGGCGACCAAUACUGCAAAGGAUCCCAAUCCAUAUGGCGAGAUUUCCGAAGAGGGGUACUACAAGAAGUUGGCCGCUGCCUUUGCGACGGUUAUGAAGUACACCAAGGCAUCCAGCCCAGUGACUGUAGAUUGUGCCAACGGUGUGGGUGCGCCGAAGCUGAAAGAGCUGAUGAAGCAUCUACCUUCCGAGAGCGAGACGGGGCUCCACAUCUCCAUCGUGAAUGACCGCAUCGAGGAUGACAAGCUGCUCAACAAGGAUUCUGGGGCUGAUUUUGUCAAAACAUCACAAAAAGUGCCCCUCGGCUUCACAGGCAAGCCCUUCGAUCGAUGGGCCUCUUUCGAUGGUGAUGCAGAUCGUAUUGUCUACUACUUCGUUGAAGAAGGGAAGAUAUUCCGACUUCUGGACGGGGACCGCAUCGCAACCCUCGCAGCCUCUUUCCUGGGGGAACUCGUCGAGAAGUCCGGCCUGGCUGAUAAGAUUAAGAUCGGAGUCGUGCAGACGGCCUAUGCGAACGGGGCAUCAUCGAAAUACAUUUCGGAAACAUUGAAGCUCAAAUCCGCCUUUACCCCCACCGGCGUCAAGCAUCUCCACCACGAAGCGGCACGCUAUGAUAUCGGCGUAUACUUUGAAGCAAACGGCCAUGGCACCGUCCUCUUUGGCACCGACGCUCUCCGCACCAUACACAAGCAAGAGCCUCAAUCUCCGGCUCAACUUGAGAAUCUCGAAAUCCUCAGAGGGCUGACAGAAGUUAUCAACCAGACGGUUGGAGACGCCAUUUCCGACUUUUUACUCGUCGAGACAAUCCUUGCGCACAAGAACUGGAGUGUCAAGGAGUGGCUGGCCACGUAUACUGACAUGCCGAACAAGCUCGCCAAGCAAGUGGUAGCGGACCGAUCAAGAUUCAAGACGGUACCUGGCACAGCUGAGCAGAAAUUGCAGUGUCCCGAAGGGCUGCAAGAAAAGAUUGAUGCCGAAGUGGCCAAGUACUCGAAUGGGCGAUGUUUUGUGCGGGCAUCAGGAACAGAGGAUGCGGUGCGGAUCUAUGGCGAGGCUCGAGAGGCGUAUGAUGUUGAUCACAUGGUGGCGAGCGUGGCGAGCUUGGUGGUCAACAAGAAUGAUAACUAGAUGUUUUUCACCAAAAGGAUUGACAGGCUGAGUGAGCAAUGGAAGAAACGGGCGAGAGUUGGAGUGAAUGCAUGGGCAGGCGAGGAGGAGAAGGAGUAGGAGAAGAUCUUCGGUGAUUAUUUGGAGCGUUCAGGUCGGUCUCUAGAGUCCUUGGAUUGAGGUUCAUGGCCUGGGGAUCUAUAACAAAAGUUCACAGCAGAGUGCAAGUAGAGUUGUCACAAGAAACCGACGCGUAGGCUAAAUGUUAAGGGAGUCGAGAAGUUGAUUC